AAACGUCGCGUAACAGCCAUACAAGAACUUCAGAAUGAGUUGACGGAGCUACACCAGGCCGAUGCCUCAGUGGUGGCUGCAGACACUGAGCUGUCAGUGUUCUAUCGUUGCACCACCUGUGGUGAUCCCUUCCUGGGCGGGUCACAGGCAUGUCAGCCUCAGCAGGUGCGUGCACGUGUGUGUUAA